UCAGCGGUACGGACGAGUUCAGUUCGUAAAGCUUCCAUGACAAGCAUCGCUGCGAUCUAAAGUGUGACUGCACAGAAAACGUUCAAGCAGAGAAGCAGAAGUUUUAUUGUGGCAAAAUUCUUUAGAAAUAAUAAUAUAUAACAUUAAACUAUAAAACUGAGCACCAAAGAAUAAUACAGCUACCUAAACAAUUUUUUUUUAAAGCAAAGCUUUAUUAAGAACCAAAAAAAAAGCGAUUUCCGCCAAAGUUAAAUUUGUGUGAAAAAAAUCACAUUUGAUUGAUUCAGCAAUGAGAGACAACAGAGAUACUGUAGACAGUCGUUAUCUCUUUUUUCGCACACUCAUCGAUGUGAUACUUGUGAUUGCGCUCCUGAUAUCGAUCGCCUUAUUUGAAUUCGUCCUUGUUCUACCAGCACAACGUGGUUUCUUUUGUUCGGAUGAGACGCUACACUAUCCUGUGCGUCCCGAUGUCGUGUCUGCAAAAACACUCGUUUCUAUCGUACUUUUAAUCGCAAUGUCUAUACUGUUUGUCGUGGAACUUAAGAUCCAUCGAAGCCAAAGUCGUUCACAAAGGAAUCCGUCACGUUUUAGUUCCAAAGUUCCUUCGUUCAUAUCGGAUUUUUUGGAGCAUUUUAUGUUUUUCCUGUUCGGCCUUUUAUUAACCGUUAAUGCGACAGAGGUGGGAAAGUUUACAAUCGGCCGCCUGCGCCCACACUUCAUGGACCUGUGCCAGCCACAGAUGCUGGAUGGUAGUACUUGCAAGUCGCCGGAAAAUCAUUUGCGUUAUGUGGAGCAAUACAUGUGUACGGCAGAGGGCUUCACAGUGUUUGAUUUGAUUAGCGUUCGUGGCUCUUUCCCCAGCAUCCACUCGAGUGUGGCUUUCUAUGCUUUGGUUUAUAUGAGCAUUUAUGUGCAGCAUAAAAUGACAUGGAAAGGCUCGAAGUUGUUCCGUCAUGUUUUGCAGUUUAUUCUGAUCUCGUUGGCUUGGUUUUUAGCUCUGUUAGGUCUCAAGACCUAUACACAUCACUGGUCGGAUGUAGUUUGCGGCAGUUUGUUGGGUGUCGUGAUAGCAGUGCUGACAGCGCGUUAUGUAACAGGUGAUUUUGGUACUCACCGAGUUGGUUCACGUACAGAUUUCCAUGGACGGGAUACAAGCGCGUCUCUAAACGAGUGCGGUGCCGAAGUGGCGGAAAAGCACCUCAACGAGGAGAAUAUGAAUUAGUGAUAUUAUUAAUAUUAGGCGCUUAUUGCUUUGAUUCGAAUUUUCAACAGCCAUAUUUUUUAGAUGUAAAAGUUUAAAUACUUGAAUAGUGGACAAAGUUUAGACAAAGCAACUAUAAGUGAAACAAAAUAAAGGAAUAAAACAAGAUAAAUGAAGUGAGAUAAAAUACAAGAAUUAAAUAAAAGAAAGUGAAGA